CGUGUAGAGACCUGCAGCGGGAGAGGAGUUAAAAGUCGACGGUUCGAGGAGCUGGAUGAGUUUUUCUUUAUUUGCAGCCCUGAGGAGAUUUGACACUGAUCUGAUUUUAGGAUUCACACAACAUGAAGAGCAGCAGCAGCAGCUGGAUUUCACUCUGCGGGGUUCUGGCUGCGGUUUGUGCCGUCCAGGCCACAUACACAUUCUACUCAAAGGUGCACUGCGAGUGCAAUGGAAGAUCACGGUACUGCCUUCGGGACGCCCGGGGUCUGCACUGCAUCGACUGUCAGGGAAACACGGAGGGCCGCCACUGCGAGCGCUGCAAGGCCGGCUUCUUCCUGGAGAGGGCAGGACUGAGCUGCACGCCCUGCAGCUGCAACCCUACAGGUUCUGUUAGUGAUACGUGUGACAGCAGAGGGCGCUGCAGCUGUAAAGAAGGUAUUACAGGAGAAAAAUGUGACCGCUGUCCCGAUGGACCAAUCGGACCGAACGGCUGCUCGCAAAGACGUCAGCCCAGAGAGGAUUCUGGGAGUCAGACUCUGCCAUGUUUCUGUUACGGCCACAGCAGCCAGUGCUCCGCACAGUCCGGUUACUCCGUCCACAACAUCACCACCACCUUCGCUGACGGUCCGGAUGGUUGGACGGUGGCGACAACUCAGGGCGUUGCCCCCCGUGACGUUCACUUCCGAUGGUCACCAAAACACCAGGACCUGGAGGUGAUCUCCAAAAACAGCCUGCCGGUUUACCUGUACGCCCCUGCUCCUUACCUGGGGAACCAGUUACUGAGUUAUGGUCAGGACUUUUCCUUCUCCUUGCGUCUGGACCGAGGAGUCCGACACCCAUCCACCAACGACGUAAUCCUGGAAGGUGCCGCUCUAAGAGUCUCAGCCUCGCUGGGCGACCUGCGAUCCAUCGUCCCCUGUGGACAGAAACUCAAAUACAGCUUCAGACUGGACGAGCAGCCCGGCAGCAGGUGGAAACCUCAGCUCUCCUCCAUCCAGUUCCAGACGCUCCUCCAGAACCUCACCGCCAUCAAGAUCCGGGCAACAUUCGGCAAAAAUGGACGCGGUUACCUCGACAAUGUGCAGCUGGUGUCAGCACAGCGCGGGGAUGGCGUCCCAGCCCGCUGGGUUCACACCUGCAGCUGCCCCACAGGAUACGAGGGCGAGUUCUGCGAGCGCUGCUCAGCCGGUUUCAAACGCAGGAUCCCUGCAGAUGGGGCCUUCAGCCCCUGCGAGCCCUGCAGCUGCAGAGGAGGCAGCUGUGACCCUCAUACCGGAGACUGUUACUAUGCUGAUGAGACGCCCGGUGAAAGGAGCUGCUCUGAGGGGUUUUACCGAGACCCUUUGCAGCCCCUGACCUGUGUGAAGUGUCCCUGUCCGGAGGGAGUGCCCUGCUCACUGCCUGCGGGGUCACUGGAGCCUCGGUGUGACCGUUGUCCAGCCGGAUCCGCCGGUCCUCGCUGUGACGUCUGUGAGGAGGGUUUUUACGGCGACCCUGAAGGGGUCGCUGGAGUGAGGCGCCGCUGCAGACCCUGUCAGUGUAACGGUCACAUCGAUGUCAGCGUGGCGGGAAGCUGCGAUCGCAGCAGCGGCGAAUGUCUGAAGUGUCUGAACAGCACAAGGGGACGGAGCUGUGAGGCCUGUCUGAGAGGUUUCUACCACAGCCGACCCACCGACGCCUGCAAACCGUGUGACUGUGACGUUGAGGGCUCAGAGUCCAGACAGUGUGAUGAUCUCGGCCGCUGUCGGUGCAGACCGGGCUUCGAGGGUCGGACGUGUCAACGAUCCAACUGCCCCGCGUGUUUUAGCCCCAUCAAGACAAAGAUGGAGGCUUACGCUGCCAGACUGAAGGAGCUGGAGACUCUGCUCUCAGACGUGGACCGAGGUAUGACACCAGCCAACAACGCUGAGAUGGAAGUUGCUCUGAGUGCCACCGAGCGGCUGGUGAAGGACCUGCAGGAAGACACCGAGCAACUCGCAGAAUUGGAGAAGACCCUGCAGGGUCGUCUGUCGUCCAUCAGCAGGAGUCAGCUGGCCGAGGGACAGGACAUCCAGAACAUCGCCGACACAGCCAACAACAUCAAACAACAACAGAAAACGUACAAGACGGAGGUGGAGGAGGUCCAGACUCUGAUGAUCAAGAUGAAACGGAAACUGGAGGAGGCCAAGAAAAACCUCAGAUAUGCUGAGUUUCCUCUUGGAGAUGCUCCGCUGGGUUCAAACCUCCUGUCUUCUUGGGUGCGGAAAGCUACCAGCCUGGCAGAUAAACAUCAGAAGAAUGCAACCACUGUGGAGCAAACUGCCAACAAAGCUCUGAGUGACUCUGAGAAGAGUCUGGCUCUGGCCCGAACUCUCAUGAACAAAGAGAACAAAGUCAAAGAGCUGAUAGGGGAUCUGAAAACUAUGUAUGAUCAGACUUCGGCCCAGGCGAAGGGUUUUGAGAACCAGGCGAUCCGUUUGAGCGGCGAGGCUAGAGAUGAGAGCAAAAUGGCGGAUGGUAUGUUGAAAAACAUCGCCAACAUGGAGCGAAAAAUCCCAACAUCCCUGAAGGAGGAGAUGGACCGCAUGGUUUCAAGGUUGGACGGUAUGAAGCUGGUGGUGGACGAGAACAUCUCAGGCUUCGAGUCACUGCAGGAUGGCGUGCAGCGAGACAAGGCCGCCACCGAGGACCUGCUGGCCAAGGGCAAGGCCGCCCAGCAGGAGUUCAACAAGCUGCUGGACAGAGUCAACGUUGCCAAGGCCGAGACGGAGGCCGCUCUGCAACGCAUCAACAGCAACGCCGAGGUGGACGACGCACUGAACACCCUGAGAGGAUUCGACCAGCAGAUCGACGGCAGCAGAGCUCGGGCUAACGCUGCCAUCAGGCGUCUUCCUGGCAUCAACGCCACCAUCCAGCAGGCUGUUAGCAACAACGCCGAGACGCUGUCCGCCCUGGAAGACGUGUCCGACGAUUACAACAGCGCUGUGGGAACCAACAAUGUGCUGGAGGGCCUGGUUGGCAGUCUGGAGGGAAUGUUCGGAUCUUUGCCGUCUCAUGACAGUCUGAUGAAUGAAGCCACCAAACUCAACAAGGAGGCGAAGGAUCUGAAGACAAAGGCAGUCGAUGUAGCUGGACGCCUGGAAUUGGAUCUGGGUGACGCCAAGAGGCUGGAGGUUGAUGCUGAUCAGGCCGCCGUCGGAGCAGCUGCAGCUUUCGUCAACGCCAAACUGACCAGGGACGCUGUGGGAAAAACACUUGGAGACAUCACCAGUCUGCUGGCUAACAUGAAUCAGCCCGGUGCUGUGGAUGAAAAUGGACUGAAGCAGCUGGAGGACUCUCUGGCAGAAGCCCAAAGAACCGUGGAGGGUCAUCUGAGGCCUCGGCUCAGGGACAUGGAGCAGCAGGAGGCCGCCAUGCGUCGCCAGCUGGCCGGCAUCAACCUGGACAUCGACACCAUCCUGGGAGACAUCACUAACCUGGAGGACAUCCUGAAGGCCAUCCCCGCCGGCUGCUUCAACAGCCCCCCCAUUGAGGAGGCCUGAGGACCGGUACCUGCCGCCAAGUUCUGGCUUUACGGAGUCCAGAUCCAGAGUAAAUACCUGCCACUUGAACAAUAACCUGCCUAGUCUUACAAAACAAUCGGUGGUGCAAAAAUAAGUUAGUUCCCUCAAGACAGUGAGUUUUUAUGUGACUGGCCUGUUGGUCCAUAAUGAGGAAAAACUUUUCUUGCAUCUUUCUUAAACAAGUACAGGAUGAACUCGUUUAAAGGAUGUAUACACAUAAUUUAUAAAAAUAUUUGGUUAAGAUGAAUACAGAGUGUAAAUAUAAGAAAAAUGACACACCAACAAUUUCAUUUUGCAGAAAUAACAUCCAGUUUUAUUUUUCUGUCCGGUGAAAACUUUUCACAUUUUGAAAAAGCAGGAGAAUCUUCUCCUCACCCUUCGUCUGCUCAGAAAAAGUGAAACCCAGAGACACCACGUCCGGUUUUUGUGUUUCACAGUUCAUACCAGAAGGACUUGACACAACCAGAUGACUUAAACAUUAAGGGGCUGAUUCUGCUGUAAAUCAUUCCGUCUAACAUAUGAAAAAAAGGGAAAACACUAAAGCUACUGAAAGUUUGACCUGCAAAUGUUUGGUUUUUUUGCAUCUAAGACAUCAAACACUAAUUCUACAUUAUUGCACAUAACAACUUCUGAUAACAUUUUUCUUUAACAAAUGUUUAAAAUAAUGACCCCUACAGGUUUUUUAGUAAAGAAAUAUAUUAAAUAUUCUUACGCUGAACCCAUAUCUAACUUUUACCUGAUGGACAGUGUAUAUGAAACUGUAUUUUUUUGUGUUGAUAUUUCUGAUAAUGUGAUGUGUGAAUGUAAAAGUAGUCUAUUUAUAACUGUACAUACAGUUUCAGUUUUUGUAACCUUCGAAAUUCAGUGUUUUUAUUUGUUCUUUUUCAAAAAGUGUUGUCAUUAAUGUGUCUGACCAGCAAAAAUAUGUACAUGUAUCUUUACUCUUUAAACGUAGAAGAUGCUGCACUUUUUCCUGAUUCGUGUUUCUGUUGUCUUAAUGUUCAAAAUUAAAAUUCAAAAAUAUUUUUAUUUAAGAUAUUAUCUCAGAAUUAUGUCAUAAUGUUAAGAGAGCGAACUUUCUACUUUGAAAUUAACAAGUUGACAUCAGAACUGUAAAUAGCCACUGUUUUCUUUCUCCAAAAAUUGACCAAUCAUGUAUGAUCAAUCAAUUAUUGAUUUAGCGUUUAGCAUGUCACAAAUAGUAAG